UCUCUCUAACAUGAUCUUCAAGCGCGAAACAAUGGUGAAGUAAAAAAAAAACAGAGAUGCUUGCCCUCUUCCUCUCAUCCUCUUCUUCGUACCUCACACUCUCCAGAUCUGUAACUCUCCACUUAUCCCGCCGAACAACACUCUCAUCGCUCACAAUGUCAACGAACCUAAGCACCCACGCCUACGCAGGCAACCCUUUGAAAUCCAAAACCCCAAAAUCCACCGACACCUUCUCACCUUCCUCCGCCUUCGAAUCCCUCAAAGCCCUGAUCCCGCAAAUCCCCAAUCACCCCACGCCUUCCCCUGAUUUCAAAGUCCUCCCCUUUAGCAAAGGCCGCCCGCUGGUGUUCUCCAGCGGCGGCGGAGACGCUUCCACCACGUCGCCUAUCUGGCAUCUGGGGUGGAUCAGCUUAGCUGAUUGCAAGGGUAUGUUAGCGAGCCGCGGGGUUGAUUUGGACGAGAACUCGCUUGUGUAUUUAGGACCCAAGGUGGAGGAAGAUUUGGUGUGUUGGGCGGUUGAUGUGUCUGAAGAAGAAGAAGACGGCGUCGUUUCGGGGUUGGAAAGUAGGAAGCUUUGUUUCGUCGAGCUGAGGACUUUGAUGGUUGCUGCUGAUUGGGUGGAUCAGCGAGCUAUGGAUGAGUUGGCUAUUGCAGGACAUGCCAGGGCAUUGCUUGAGUGGCACAAUGUAUCCAGAUUCUGUGGGUCUUGUGGAGGUACAAAUGUGGCAAAGGAAGCAGGAAGAAGAAAGCAAUGCUCAAACACGGCUUGCGGAAAGCGGGUUUAUCCCCGGGUUGACCCGGUGGUUAUAAUGUUAGUUAUUGAUCGAGAGAAUGAUCGUGCGCUUUUAAGCAGACAGUCUCGAUAUGUACCUAGAAUGUGGAGUUGUUUAGCUGGAUUUAUUGAGCCAGGGGAAAGUUUAGAAGAGGCUGUGAGGCGAGAAACAUGGGAAGAGACAGGCAUUGAAGUAGAAGAUGUUGUUUAUCACAGCUCUCAGCCUUGGCCUGUGGGACCAAGUAGCACGCCAUGCCAGCUGAUGUUGGGGUUCUUUGCUUUCGCCAAGACUCUUGACAUAAACGUAGACAAGGAGGAAUUAGAAGAUGCUCAAUGGCACAGUAGAGAAGAUGUGAAGAAAGCACUGGCCUUUGCAGAAUACAGGAAGGCGCAAAGAACAGCGGCUUCAAAGAUAGAGCAAAUCUGUAAAGGUGUGGAGAAAAGCAAGAGUCUGACAACUGAUUUCAAUGUGGAAAGCGGCGAGCUCGCUCCUAUGUUCAUCCCGGGGCCAUUUGCCAUAGCUCACCACCUGAUCUCGACAUGGGUAGAUCAGGGUUCUUGCAAUGUUCACUCAAAACCGCAAGCUAGUGUCUCUCUCUCGAGUUUGUAGCUAGAAAGUUACGACUUUGAUGCUUUAGAGAAAUCAAAACGAUUGUUAUAGCUUUGAUGCUUAAUCUGAACUAAUCAUUGCGUAAAGACUUGAAAACUUAAGCUGUGUUAUAAUCUUUGCUUUGGUUUUUAAUUUCUUUUCAUUUA